CGAAGUGCCCAGGUGCACGUCGCGCAUGCGCGAGCAUGGAAGGCCCACGAGGACAAAAAGGAGCGAGAUGCAUACUUCAAGUUACACGGCUCACGGUGGUCUGAGUUGAUGCGGCUGCCGUAUUAUGACUGUGUUGCCAUGACGGUGAUUGACCCGAUGCAUAAUUUGUUGCUCGGUACGUUGGGCUUCCGAUGCGGAUCAAUGUGUGUUGUUGCUGAUCACAGAGUAUGUAGGUGUCGUUAA